AAGCUAGAAAAUAAGAGUUAAAAAAAAAAGCAGAUGUAGGUAUUUAUAUUAUCGUUAUUGUAGCUGUAUAUCUUCUCUCCCCACUCCACCCCUCUUACUCAACUGAAAGCUCAUUGAUCUUUUUAUUCGACAAACAUUUCUGUAACUCUUUCUUCAGGCCAAUCCCAAUAUAUGUACUGCCUUAAUCUCCCAGUUACACAGGUAAGUAGACUGAAGCUCUGGAGGAUUAAGAAAACCACGCAGGGUCACGGAGGUACAAAGGGGAGUUAAGGUCCUUUUUCCUCCUCCCAUUUUUGCAUCCUUCCCACGGAGCAGGCCGGCUGAGCCAAGUCCUGGCAGAGGUGUAGAAGACGGUGCUGACUGUUGGGCCUCUCCGGUGCCCCGGGCUCCCGAAACCCCAGCCAUUUCACCGCAUCAGGCUCUAAUCUUGGUCUGUAUGCUUGCAUCUUUCUCCCCUGCCCCUGCCCCCGCUUUACACAUCUGGGAGAAGCCAGCUAGCACCCACAACGCAGCAGGACCUGGCGGGGCUGGGGCCAGGAUCCGGGGGCGGGGCUCGACGCCGGCGGGACCGCGGCAGUUUUCCCGCCGAGCUGGGGCUGCAGGUGUGUGUGUGCUUGUGUGUCAGUUGCAGCUGCAGCUGGCUGCCACCUCCCCCCAGUUAUCCCUUCACCUUCCCCCACCCCCCAUGGCCGCCAUGCUGCCUGCCGACUGCUCGCGCAGACUGGUUGCAGAGCUCCUAGGAGCCUUGGAGGCUUGCCAGAAGAAGGAGAAGGAUUUGCAACAAUCCCUUGCUCGCUGCCGGGUGUUACUUCAACCUUGGGAAGUGGCCUCUCCCCCAAGCCCUGAGCCAGCCCAGAGGAGGGACAAGGAAGCUGCAUGUGAACCAACUCCCAAAGACCUCAAGGAAUUGGAGCUGCUGACCCAAACCCUAGAGAAAGCCCUUCGCGUCCGGAAAGGCAUCGUCCGGGUCCAGUCAGAAGAAAGUGUCUCCAGUGGAAAAGCUGUCCAGCCUUUGGUUGCUGCCCAGGCAGGCCCUGGGGCCAGGCCCAGAACUUCAAAUCCAAAAGCUUGUGUUCCAGCCAGGCCCCCAGCUACCUCUCAGAGGGCUAGCAGUGGGGUGAAAAGGCCUAUCAGAGCCCCCUCUCAUAGGGGCAGGGCUCCCAAAGAUGCUCUCACACAUGCCAAGCAGCCAGACCACUUAGCUCCUCUAGAGGGGCCGGCUCAGCCCUGCCCUCUGCCUUCCCAGGGCCAGGUCCCUGGGGUCCCAACCUCCACCCCAGUUUCUGCUUCAAGAGAAGUGGGUGCUGUUGCAUCCAAGCCUGGGCCAGAACAAGGAAAAACCCCACCAGACCUGAGGUCUGAGCCCUUCACACUCAAGGAGAAGGGGACCCAGCUGCAGCUGCCUCUCUUGUAUAAGAAAAUAGCUUCCAGAAAUUCCAGCCUGUGGGCCCAGAUCCAGCAUUCCCAGUUCGAUGCUGAUUCUGAUGUGGCUGCUGCCAAAGCCCAUUUCUUAGAGAGGAUGAAGAAGACUUUUGACAUGCCUGGCCCAGCCAUCAGCCCUGCUGAGGUCCAGGAGGAAGUGAAUCGCCUGGACCGGGCCUGCCACUUACUGACCCAGCAUCUGGAAGAGACGCUGGCCAUGAGUGGGGAGGCAGCUGCAGACUCCCUGAGCUUGGAACAGGAAUACCGCUGUCUGGUCACCCUCGAAGGGCUCCAAGCCACUGUAGACCAGCAUCUGCUUAGACUCCAAGAGCUUCGAGAAGCGGAGGAGCACUGGUCGGGGCUUGGGCCUGCAGAGAGCCCUCCAUGGGGCCUGGGCCUGCGUGUAGGAGGGAGGGGGUCCCUCUGGAACAGCAGCCGGCUUUCCUACUCCAGUGCCCGAGAGCUGCAGACCGUGGCAGCGCUCAGUCUCCGAGUGGCCAUGCUGAAGCAGCAGAUCCAUCUCCAAGAGGUACGGCCUCCCGCGCCCAGCACUUGCGUCCUCAGGCUCGCUCCUGCUGGCUCUUACCACAGUGACAGCCUGUGCCCCGCGGUCCGAGCGAGGGGAGAACCUGACCCUGUGCACACGGCUUCUCGUUCUGUCCGGCGGCCUCUGGCCAGGCUGAGGUGGGGGGGUCUCGGGACGGGGAGGCUGGUGGCUUUAGAACUCUGGUGGUCUCUGAGAGUUUGUCUCUGGUGCGCCCCAGGUUCUGAUGGAGGAGCUUCUUCCCCUGCUGGGAGCCGAGAGCCCUGCCAGCCCUGCUCAGCUGGCGCUCUACCGUGCCAUCCACAGCCAGCUCUGUGAGGCCGGGGAGCGCUUCUCCGUCCUGGUGAGAGACGAGCCGUCUGUCUGAGCCCCCCUCUGCCCGCUGGGCCGCCUCGUGCUCCUGCAGGACCCCGGGCCGCUGCCCCAGAUGGGAACAGGAAGCCUCGGCCGUCUGUCUUUCUGCCUAGUCUAGGCCCAGCAUAGGGAUUCUUGUUGGUCCUGCAGGGAGAGCACGUGGGGAAGGGAAGGAAAGCCAGGCUGUGGAGGGACUGUCGGGGCUCGGGUUCUGAUUGUGUUCUGGGGACCCUCGCCGUCAAAUCAGUGACGUUGCCCUAAUUGCGGAGCCCCUUCAGCCAUGCUCCACUUCCCACAUCACCCAGUGCAGGUCCUUUGUUCAGGGAGGGAGUGAUCUCGAGAUCUAUUGAAAGGCCCAGAGUUCAUCCCUCUUUAGCCUAGGCCAAUGGGGGGGGUCUUCCUGGAGGAGGUGGGACUUGAAGAGUGGAGCUGCCCCAGGGAAGAAAGAAUUCUGGAUGGGGGACAGAGUUAGUGCAGGGAAAGAGAUGGCAAAACCCGGCUGUUUGAAGAGAGCAGCCAACAAGUGGGGCCAGCUUGAGGGGUUUGGAUUGAUUCUCUAGGCCGUGAGGAAGCUGUGGAAGGGGAUAUGGGGCGGCCAGAAGACCAAGCUCUAGUCUCAGCUCUCUACCUUACUCCUGGGGUCAGGUUUCUUCAUCUGUAUUGGGCGAGAAUAAGCUUUUCAUAAUGAACAUCAAAGAAUUGUCUUGAGAAAGUACUUUGUAAGUCUUAAAGUACUUUGAAAAUGUGAGUUUUGUCAAUAAUAAAGGUAUUUGUGAUUCAAA